CGCGCAGUUCCAUUCAAAACUCCCAUUGCAGCUCCACUUGAGAGGAUGAGCAUGGUCGACCAUCGCUUGUAUUUGUGCAGCAAGUGCUGCCGGCGCUGCCUGUGGAGCGAGCUGUCCGCCCAGGAGCAUCGCUGCGCACGCUGCCGGCUGCCGUUGCAGGCGUGCGCGAUCUGUGAUCGCCGCUUCGAGCCGCGCGAUCGCUCGGAGCUCUACUGCAAGCGCUGUGACUUCCAUUUGGUCAAGCAGGUCUCGAAUACGCCGCCGCCAGUGCUGGACCUGGAUCUGGAUACGGAAUCGGAGCCGGAAACGGAAGAUGAAGCGGUAACGGAACCGGAACCGGAACUAAUUGAACCGCCACGCGAUCGCUCGAUGGCACAGCGCUGGAGGGACAUCAAGUCGGCAGCGGGCAUCAAAGAUGAUCCAUGAUUGCUCGAGUGAUGUCCAGGCUAGGGUAUUAUUUCCUGU